CGGAAUUUACCUUUAGGAAAUCCUUUCGAUUUUUGCACACCACGCGUCCGCUGUUGAAUUUAUCUCCCUUGAUUACUCUUAAUUGAACUAUUUGAAAAUCAACGAGAAAAAAGCCGGGUUUUGUGUCAAAAUAUUCAGACUCAUUUGACAACUGCUGAAGCCAGCAUCACUACUGGAUGCCAAGAAAGAUCUAUAUGUACACUUGCUGAAUUGCAUAAAAAGGCAGGAAAAUGGCGGCCCCAGAUAUGGAGGUUAUUAAAGACAUUCCAGGAUAUAAAGUCAUCCUUAAAGCUAUAAUCAAAGCUCAAAUACAACAACUGGUUGAGCAGUUGGCAGCACACACAGACGAAGAGUCAGUGAUAUUGACAGCCAGUGUUGCCGAUGGUACACUUAGUCACCUGGGCUCAGAUUCUGGAAAAGGAUUCCUCGAAGAACAAGAAGAUGUUAAAACACAGUUCCUUGGUUUCUGUCUUAAAAAUGUGGAUUAUAAAACGAUGGGAUAUAUGUGUACACUUUGUGGAAAAUCGUUUCGUUCGCCGUCAAUGUUAACCAGACAUAUGUUAGUUCACACCGGAGAAAUGCCGUACCAAUGUACAAAAUGUGGUAAACGGUUCAACCAGAAAUCGUCGAUGAAAAGACAUCAAAUAGUGCAUUUAAAUGUCAAUAUAACUGUUUGAUGCUGUUUAAAUAUU